GAAUAGAAAAUGUGUUCGUAAUGAUAUGUGUAUUGAAUGAUAGUCAACGUUGAACUUUUGCUGAUGUUGUGUUGAUAAACAGAAACUUCUGUGAUCCAGGAUAGGUCAUUGUACCGAUUAGGCUUACAAGGGCUCGCACUCACGACUACUGUAAUCCAAUAACUUACAUUUUUCUUUGAACUCUUUGCCUCUGCCGGAUCGGUUAACACAACUUUGUACCCUUUUUAGUGACCGCUUAUCUUGACCACAUGCGGAUUGUUCUCCUCCUUCACGUGUUGCUCUUACUACUGGAAGUAAGGGGAGACGGGGGAGAGGUUCCUACAACUCCUUCUGAAUUUGGGGUGAUCACAAAUCCUUUGUCCUCAGAGGCGUCCUUUGACGACAUUCCCAGUGAAGGGCCCUAUGUUAUCCAGGCUUUACCUGAUCCUGCACCUGAUCCUUUACCUGAUUCUGGACCCGAAGAGACUGUAGCAGGUGAAAGUGAAACAGGUGGUGAAAGUGCAGAUGUUGAGACAGGUGGUGAAAGUACAGAUGUUGAGACUGGUUAUAGUACAGAUGUGGAGACAGGUGGUGAAAGUACAGAUGUUGAGACAGGUGGUGAAAGUACAGAUGUUGAGACAGAUGGUGCAGAAAGUACAGAUAUUGAGUCAUAUGGUGAAAGUACAGAUGUCAAGCCAGAUGGUGAAACUGCAGACGAUGAAAGUGCAGAAGGGGAUUUAGAAGAUUCAUUUACCGAAGACGAAACACUACCAGACAUCCCAGAGGGUGACGUUAGUGAACCUGAGGUGGAUGAUGCACCAGCUGAAGAAGACGAGAUAGAGGAGGAGGAAAAGAAGGAGGAGAUCCCCGACCAAGAUAAAGAAGCACCAGCGUCCUCCAAACUAGGGAAGGAAGAUGAAGAUGGUUUUAUAGAGGAAGAUGUAGAAGUUGAAAAGAUUGACGACGCUAACCGACCCAGGCCGAUGGUAAACACUGAGGACAAGACGACAGGACCUUUUGAGGAAGGGACUGAGAGUGAUAAUGUUGCAAAGGUUCCAAUAGUGGUAGAAGAAGAGGCUGUAAAUGUAGCAGAGCUUGUGCUUACGAAUACCGGCGGAUUGAUAAUUUGCCACGUGGAGGCGGACCCGCUUAUCUAUACUUCGUGUAACAUGAGUGUAUGGGUAAAUGGUUUAGAGAACUCUACUACCAUCAAUGUUUACCAGACUUCAACACUCAUUCUGGAAACAGACUCGGUAAAGUGCAAAGCCUCCUGCUCCUCAGCAACCGGUCCAGUAACCAUGACAGCGAAACACGCCCCUAGCAACAUAUUCACACUGCCCAUCAUGAUCUUGAUUGGUAUUGGUGGGCUGGUGGUAAUCACCACGAUUCUCAUAUUAAUACACUUUAUAAAGAAGAGUAGGAGAAAGGAGAAAGGCUACCAUUUCCCACUGAAUGACAACACUGUUGAGGCGUACAAUCUGGAGGAGGAAGUAAAACCGGCUGCAAGUUUGAACGGAACUCAGGUGGUAGUCAGUGACUCGUACAAUCUGGUGGACGGUUGAAUACGUGGGUUUGUUGUCCGUCUUUCAGGAUAUUUCGAAGAAUUGAACACAGAUUUAGAUAUGCGUUUUAGACGAAUAUUUACCGAAAAUAUGUCAGAUCGAAUUAUUUCGAUAAUGUCAGGUGCUGGAUAAUGUAAGGUCAGGUAGAUGAUACUGAUACUGACCGAUUAUUCGAGGACCCUAUAAAAUUUGUUAACUUUGAAUUUAAAAUGUCGGGUAUUGUUUGUGCCGGAAGAGAAUUGAAAUAUGUAUCUACGAAUUGUAUCCGAUCUUUGAAUCUCUUUUAACGAUCCCAAUUUUGUUCUUGAGUGUUUUGUUAUUGAUUUUGGUAAUGGGUUAUAGAUGUUAAGAUGUGUGUUGUAGUUUUUAAAU